UAUGGGGAGGAUCGGCUGCGGGGAACAUGGCGCAUUCACUGCCGAUUAACUUUCUCUGGGAAGAGAAACAACCCAGGAAGCAGAAAGUUUGGAGAGAGGCCGCUUAAGGAGCGCUGGAGCUGAUCCCCAACCAAGGGGAGAAAGUCCUGCGCUGGUUUGGAUGGUUUUCCUGCUCUGCCUCAGUUCUGCUGCUGCUGGAUCAAAGUUUAGAGGAUUUACCGGAGAUGGAAAAGCCCAGAGCCAGGAAAGAAAAGUUCUCUCUUUUUGGCUCUCGCUCCACAAGCAGAGCUACCAACCCUCCCUCCUCAUCCUCUCGAUCUUCUUCUCCUGGGAUCCAUCCAGCCACGGUCGGGAAAAGGACAGAUCGAAUUUCCGCCUCUGGUUCGGUCACCCUAAGCAAAGCUGAGUUCCUUGAACGUGUGCGUCACAGUAACCAGGCCUGCCAGCAGGGGGAGUUUGCCCUGGCUGUUCGUCUCUACACUGAAGCCCUCACAGCAGACCCACAAAACUGUAUCCUGUACAGCAACCGAUCAGCAGCUUAUCUGAGGCUUGGACAGUACAGCAAGGCUCUGGAUGAUGCAAUCAAAGCUCGACUUAUUAACCCUAAAUGGCCCAAGGCUUACUUUCGUCAAGGGGUUGCCCUCCAGUACCUGGGUCGUCAUGCCGACGCCCUGGCAGCGUUCGCCUCAGGCCUCGCCCAAGACCCAAAAAGUCUCCAGCUGCUCGUCGGAAUGGUGGAGGCUGCAAUGAAAUCCCCACUCAGAGACACGCUUGAGCCCACCUACCAGCAGCUGCAGAAGAUGAAGCUGGACAAGAGUCCGUUCGUGGUUGUGUCUGUCAUCGGCCAGGAGCUGCUGACACACGGUCACCACGGGGCCUCGGUUGUAGCGCUGGAGGCGGGGUUGAAGAUUGGCACUUGCUCUUUAAAGCUUCGUGGAUCGGUCUUCUCUGCUCUGAGCUCAGCGUAUUGGAACCUUGGAGAUGUGGAGAAAAGCAUGGCUUACAUGCAGCAGGACCUGGAAGUUACCAAGACUCUAGGUGACCAGUCGGGCGAAUGCCGUGCUCAUGGGAACCUUGGCUCUGCGUUGUUCUCUAAAAGCAACUACAGAGAAGCGCUGGCUCACCACAGGAACCAGCUGGUACUGGCCAUGAAGCUCAAGGACAGAGAAGCCGCCUCAGGAGCGCUCAGCAGCCUGGGCCAUGUUUACACAGCCAUAGGCGACUACCCCAACGCACUGGCCAGCCACAAACAGUGUGUCCUGCUGGCCCGGCAGACCCAGUGCCAGCUAUCUGAGGCGCGCCAGCUGGGCGACAUGGGUGCUGUUUACACAGCGCUGGGAGACUUCACCAAUGCUGUCCAGUGUCACGAGCAACACCUGGACAUCGCAAAGUCUCUAGAGAACCGGCGAGAGGAGGCCCGCGCGUACAGCAACUUAGGCAGUGCCUACCAUUCCCAGCGAGACUUUGACAAGGCCAUAUCUUACCAUACGAAGGUGUUAGAGUUGGCACAGGAGCUGUCAGACAAAUCGAUUGAGAUGAGGGCAUACGCUGGUCUGGGUCACGCUGCUCGAUGCAUGCAGGACUUGGAGAGGGCCCGUCAGUACCACCAAAACCAGUUAGAGAUUGCUCAGGAGCUACAAGACAGAGGGGCCCAGGGCCGAGCCUCCUCCAACCUGGGCAUCAUUCAUCACAUGAAGGGGGAGUAUGAAACGGCGCUGAAGCUCCAUAAAGCCCACCUGUCUUUAGCCCAGGAACUGGGGGACUACGCAGCUCAGGGGAGGGCCUACGGUAACAUGGGCAACGCCUACCAUGCUCUGGGCAUCUACGACCAGGCAGUGCGGUACCACCGACAGGAACUGCAGAUCUCUCUGGAGGUGAACGAUCGUCAGUCACAGGCAUCUACUCACGGUAAUCUGGCUGUGGCUUAUCAGGCGUUGGGGGCUCAUGACCGAGCUCUCCAGCACUACCGUCACCACCUGACCAUUGCACGGGAACUCAGAGACACUCAAACUGAAGCAAGGGCUCUAGCAAACCUCGGUAACUUCCAUAGUUGGAGGGGAGAGUAUGCUCAGGCGCUGCCAUACUUCCAGCAGUAUCUGGCUUUGUCUCCUGGGCUGCAGGACCUGGAAGGGGAAGGAAAAGUCUGCCACAACCUGGCCUACGCUCACUACUGUCUGGGACAGUACAAAGACGCUGUCAGGUAUUACGAGCAGGACCUGGCCUUGGCUAAAGACCUCCAGGACAAAUUAGCACAAGCAAAAGCCUACUGCAACCUCGGCCUUGCGCACAAAGCUCUAGGAGAGUACAGCAGAGCGGAAGAGUGUCAGAGAUACCUGCUCUCUCUAGCACAAGCUCUGGAUAACACACAGGCGGUUUUCAGAGCCUACGGGAACCUCGGGGAUGUGUUUGUGUGUCGGGGGGAUCUCCCAGGAGCUGUGAAGUUCUACCAGCAGCAGCUAAGUUUGGCUCAGAAAGCUGCCGAUCAAAAGAUGGAGGCUGAUGCGUACGCAGCACUGGGAUCAGUUCACAGGCUUCUUCGCCAGCUGGACGCCGCCUUGUCCUUCCACAGCCAGGAGCUGACUCUCCGUAAGGACCUGGCCGACCCCCAGGGGGAGUGCCGGGCCCUGGGCCACCUGGCAGCAGUCCAUAUGGCACAGGGGGACUACACCACAACCUUCCAGUGCUACGAAAGCCAGCUGGGGCUGGCGCAGGGGCUCAGAGACGCCCGUCUGGAGGCCCAGGUCCACGGAAACAUGGGCAUCACCAAGAUGAACAUGGCGGUGUUUGAGGAAGCUAUCGGCUACUUUGAGCAGCAGCUGGCCAUGCUGCAGCAGCUAAGUGGAAGCGAGGCUAUGCUGGACAGAGGGAGGGCCUACGGGAGCCUGGCGGACUGCUACGACGCUCUGGGAGACUACGAGGAGGCCAUCCAGUACUACGAGAAAUACCUGACGGUGGCUCAGAGUCUUAACCAUGUCCAGGAUCAGGAGAAAGCCUACAGAGGACUUGGAAAUGCACACAGGUCCAUGGGCAGUCUGCAGCAGGCACUGGUGUGCUUUGAGAAGCGGUUGGUGGUAGCUCAUGAGCUCGGCGGUGAAGGAGGGGGUAAAGCUCAGGCUUAUGGGGAGCUGGGCACCAUACACAGCCAGCUGGGUAACUAUGAGCAGGCUCUCUCCUGUCUGGAGCAUCAGCUGAGCAUCGCUCGCUCAGCAGGGGAUAAAUCCCUGGAGGCAGAGGCAAGCGAUGCCCUGGGAGGCGUUUAUCAGCUGAUGGCAGACAACGAAACUGCUCUGCAGUGGCACCAGAGGGCGCUGAGCAUCGCUGAGCAGACGGGCUGCGUGAGGAGCCAGGGCCGAGCCUAUGGAAACCUGGGUCUGACCUACGAGGCUCUGGGAAACUACGAGCGGGCCGUGGUGUUUCAGGAACAGCAUCUCAGCGUGGCGGCGCAGACCAACGAUCUGAUGGCCAAAACUCUGGCCUACGGAAGCCUGGGGAGGACACAUCAUGCCCUGCAGAACUACGCCCAGGCUGUGAUGUACCUGCAGGAAGGUCUGCGGCUGGCUGAGCAGUUGGGUCGGAGGGAAGAUGAAGCAAAGCUUCGUUAUCGCCUCGGUCUGUCUCUGUGGGCCGGUGGUAACUUGGAGGAAGCCCAACACCAGCUCUACAGAGCGUCUGCACUGUUCGAGACAAUCCGUCAUGAGACUCAACAAAAUCUGGAUUACAAGCUCUCCCUGUUUGAUCUGCAAACCAGCUCAUACCAGGCUCUCCAGAGAGUCCUUGUCAGCCUAGGGCGGCAUGACGAGGCCCUGGCCAUAGCAGAGCGAGGGCGGACGCGUGCGUUUGCUGAUCUCCUGGUGGAGCGCCAGAGAGGAAGCAAGCAAGCAGCGAGCGCUGACCCUUACAUCCCGGUCACUGUGGAGCACAUCCUGGAGACGGUCAAUGGUCAAAAGGCGUUGAUCCUCUACUACUCCUUGGCAGGAGGCUUUCUGUACAGCUGGCUGAUUUCUCCAGGCACAGGCAUCGUGAAGUUUAACGAGGUGUACCUGGGUGAGGGAGGGCCAGACACUUCUGAGUUCCAGGACGGUGCUAGGAGUCCUCAUGGAGGAGGUUCUGUGUCUUUGGAUCAGUACAUCUGCAGCGCUAGAGAGGCACUGGGAGUGGACAGCCAUCACAGCAGAGUUUGCUCCAGCAGCGAGACGGAGAGCGAAGCCGGAGAUCUUUUAGAGCAACAGUUUGAGGAGCUGAACAACAACCUCCCAACGGGCUACCUCCGCAUGGUGUCCAGAAAUAACCGCUUCAACAGGAGCUGUCGGAGUAUGACGAGCCUUUACAGUACUACAGUGUCUCCUGUGAAGGAUGGCUUAUCCUCCCCGCUGUGUCGACCCAUCCAUGCUGGCAAACCUCCUCUACGAGCCCUUUAUGACUUACUCAUCGCACCCAUGGAAGGGGGCCUGAUGCACAGCAGUGGACCCGUUGGCAGGAACAGACAGCUUGUUGUAGUUCUGGAGGGAGAAUUGUACCUGAUCCCAUUCGCCUUGCUUAAGGGCAGCUCGUCUAAUGAGUACCUGUAUGAAAGGUUUAAUAUCAUUUCCGUCCCUUCACUGGCCAGCCUGCAAGCUGCGAGCAAGGCUCGUCCUCGCUCCAGUGGGGCUUCUCUUUCUCCAGGUGGAGGGUCGGUGGCUGCAGUAGUUGGGGCCCCUCGCCUGCCUCCUAGUGUCAUGGACCGCUGGCUGUGGGGGCCCUUACCCUCUGCCCAAGAGGAGGCUCUGUCGCUGGGGGAACAGCUGGGCUGUCGUCCCCUGACCGGAGCGAACGCCACCAAGGAGCGUGUUUUAGCGGCUCUGAAUCAGGCAGAGUGUGUUCACUUUGCAACUCAUAUAUCCUGGAAGCUCGCCGCAGUGGUUCUCGCCCCCAGCCAAGAGCACACCUUAGGGGAUGUGCCCAGCAGCCGGCGAAAGGAGAACACGCUGAUUGGAACGUCGACGUUAGGAGAAGCUGUGGAUCAGGAAGGGAAGACAGAGCAUUUGUUUCCCAGGACUUACAGCAGCCCAGAGAGGCUCAGAGGAAUGGAGGAAAGAAGUGAGGAUGGGGAGAGUGUCUGUGGAAUGGAGGGGGCGUGCGACAGUGCACCGCUUCACGACUUCCUCCUCACUGCUGCCGAUAUCCUGGACCUGUGCCUCUUAGUCAAACUGGUGGUUCUGAGGUUGUACCCGGAGUCCAGCUGCCGAGUCACGGCUGAUGGAUUAGUGGGUCUGACCCGUGCCUUCUUGGCUGCAGGCGUUCAGUGUGUGUGCGUCUCUCUGUGGCCGGUGCAGAUCGCCGCCUCCAAACUCUUCAUGCACACUUUCUACGCUGCCCUCCUGAGUGGAACCAAAGCCAGCGUGGCUCUGACAGAGGCCAUGAAGAACCUGCAGAGCAGCAAGCACUUCUCACACCCCUCCAACUGGGCUGGCUACAUGCUGAUAGGCAGCGAUGUGAAGCUGAACAGUCCCAUGUCGCUGGUCGGACAGGCCUUGGCAGAGAUCCUGCAGUACCCAGAGAAAGCCAGGGAUGCCCUCAGGGUGCUGCUGCACUUGGUGGAAAAGUCCCUGCAGCGCAUUCAGAGCGGCCACUGUAACCCGAUGUACACAUCACAGCAAAGCGUGGAGAACAAGGUCGGGGGAGUUCCCGGGUGGCAGGCCCUCCUGUCCGCGGUGGGUUUCCGGCUGGAAGUCUCCGGCUGCGCUGCCGGCCUCCCUGCCGCUGUGUUUUUCCCAACGUCUGACCCUGGAGAUCAUCUGCAGCAGUGCAGCACCACGCUGCAGUCUCUGCUCGGUCUGAGCCCUCCGGCUCUGCAGGCCCUCUGUAAACUGGUGACAACGUCUGAAGCAGGAGAACAGCUCAUUCACAAGGCAGUUAAAAGCAUGGUGGGGAUGCUUCAUCAGGUGCUGGUGCAGCUGCAGUCAGGCGACAAAGACCAAGACUUCCCGCUGGCUCCCGUUCAGGUAUCGAUAAGCGUCCAGCUCUGGAGGCUCCCGGGUUGCCAUGAGUUCCUGGCUGCACUCGGCUUUGAUCUGUGUGAGGUCGGUCAGGAGGAAGUCGUGUUAAAGACUGGAAAACAAGCCAGCAGGCGGAACAUGCAUUUUGCACUUCAGGCUCUUCUUGCCUUGUUUGAUUCCACAGAGCUUCCCAAGCGGCUGAGCAUGGACAGCUCCUCGUCCCUGGAGUCUCUUUCCUCCUCGCAGUCGGCCUCCCAGCCUCACUCUCUGCCCGUCUCUCUCAGCUGCUUCCCACCUCAGCCCUCCUUCGCACCCCCAGGCUGCUCAGACAACCUCUCCUGUGACGCCAUCUCCGUCUACAGCCUCAGCUCCCUCGCCUCCUCUCUCAGCUUCCUUUCCCGCCCUGAGCCGGCGGGAAGCGACAUCAUCAGCCAUCGCUCACAUCCACAGGAGCCAGAGAAGCAGGUGGGAGGACCGGGCCCACACCCCUCUCACCGCCACGCAGGCGGCCUGUCCAGGGGCCGGCUGACCAAUCACAGAGGAGCGCUGGCGGGAGUCGAUGACGAGGAGUACGAGGGCUUCUCCAUUAUAAGCAGCGAGCCGCUGGGACGCGCAGGGAGGGAAUGCGACACGCUGCCGCUCCCCGCGGGACAUCGAACUGGCAGAGGGGGUUCUGGGAGAGGAUGCGCGGCGGGCCAGAAUCUGACGCUGUCCUCCAAGGGGAGCCUCAGCACGCCGACCUCCCCGCUUAAAGCUCCUCCGCUGAUGCUGACGGAUCCUACAAACCAUAAAAUCUCUCUGCCUAAGCGAACGGUUAAAGGGAAAGCCAGCAGCUCAGAGUCGGACCAGUCCAGCACUGAAACAGACAGCACCGUUAAGUCCCAGGAAGAGAGGAUGGGACCCGCCGGACAGCUGGAUCCCCACGAACUGGCCAAAAAGAUCCUGGAGGAAACCCACAACCACAUGCAAGCCGUGGAGACGCUGCAGAAAGCAAACAGCCGUGUGAAAGCAGUGAGAGGAGCCGAGGGCCAGGAGGAUCCUCUCGCCAGGCAGCCGUCUCUGUCCACGCCCACCACUCCAACAUUUAAGCCCUCCAGGGGAGCGUGUGGCUUCCAGCCGUCAGAGACCAGCGCUUUUAGCAGACCUCCCAGCAGAGCCAGCCUGAAAACCUGCUCCUCUCCUUUCUCCGUCCGCAAGCAUCUUUCUACCCUCCCCAUCUCUGAUCCAAGGCCUCCUCUGACUCCUCCUAAACCACCGUCCCGUUCGUCAUCGCUGCAGAAGAUCAACACGUCCUCUCCUUCUUCUCCUUCCUCGUCUCUCCCUGUGAGGGAGAAGAACUCUCCGCUCCUUUUCGCCUGCUCAGACGAGCAUCGCAAACUGAAACACUCAGGCUCAUCCUACAGCUGCGACGUAUCGCCUUUUCGCUGUCCCGCCAACAGCGCCCCAUCUCCAGCCUUCUCCUAUUCCUCCACAGGCUCCGUCUCCUCCUCCUCCAGCCCGGCGAACGCCCCUGAUCCCGGCCAGCCAAAGCAGGACACCAAGGUCCAGGGAAUGAACAACCUGAAGGCCUUCUGGACCGGCGUGGGCCAGAAACAGGAGGCGCCGGCUUUACUCAGAGGUGGGAAUAAAAAAAUGAGCACAGUUCAGAAAGAUGUUCUGGGUUUGCUGAAUCUCUCGCCCAGACGCGCGUCCGGCAGGAAACAUGAGGAAAACCCCAAACUAGAGCCCAAACCUCCUCUGGCUCCAUCGGCGAAUCUUCCAACAAACACUAAAGGAGGCGUCAAGCUUCCCUCUGGGAACGGAUACAAGUUUCUCUCACCUGGACAGUUUUUUCCAUCUUCGAAAUGUUAAAAGUUUUUAGAUUGAUGAAUCCUCAGGAAGCAGAUUCAUCUGGGGAGGGGGGGGCUGCCCCCUUUUUCAGUGAAAUACAAUUUUACCAAAUCCCUGCUGAAGAUGAGAUGUAAAAAGGACAGUUUAAUACUGACCUGACUUUUUAUGUGUGUGUGUGUGUGGGUGGGUGGGUGUGUGUGUAUAUGUGUGUGUGUACAGUGCCUUGCAAAAUUAUCAAUUUCAAAGGAAAUUGAUAAUUUUGUGUGAAUACUUUCACAUUUCAUCAUGUUACAACAGCAAGCAGCAUCUAAUUGAAUUUAUAAAACAGACUAAGAGGUUGAUCUGAUGAAAUAGAAUUACUUUCACACCGUUUUUAUUUUUUUCUCAGUUAUAAAAGCCUGUAAAACAUUAGCUGCUUUUCCAUCAACAAUCGAAUUGCACAAAUUAAAAUGAUAAAAAAAAUACAUUUUCUGAUUCAAAAGUGUUAAUGUUUUUCGGUUACAUUGAAAUUAUUAUCUUUUUUGCAUAACAUGAUCUACAGCUGGACCUUACUGCCUUGUAGACAAACAAAGAGGAUGACUG